AUGCCACACACCAUCUUCCGACCGUUUGCAACACGUCUGAUUGUACCAGAUACCACGAAGAUAGUGGUAUUCGGUGACUUGCACGGAUCCUUUAAAGGCUUACUCCAUGAUCUCAAAGCAGUGGGGGAUUGCAUUGAAUAUGACACCCUCUCUGUGAAG